GGCGUGGCGUUGAACACCAACGCGCGUGUUAUGACAGGGUUACUGAGUAGAAGCGCGUGAAACCGUACUAAUGUCUCUCUACCGAAACACUGUUUGGUUCCUAAAAGGUCUACAGGAAUAUACGAAGAGCGGUUAUGAGGCAGCGGAGAGGCGCUUCAGCGCGGCGGAUCUGGAGGCGAGUGUGAGCGGCCGCUCGUUCCUGAUCACCGGGGCUAACAGUGGCAUCGGUAAAGCAGCCGCCUGCGAAAUUGCCAAAAGAGGUGGGACAGUACACCUGGUGUGCAGAAAUAAGGAUCGGGCAGAGGAGGCGAGAAAAGAGAUUGUGGAUCAUAGUAAAAAUGAGAAUGUACAUGUCCACCUUGUUGACAUGUCAAGCCCCAGGAAAGUGUGGGAGUUUGCCAAUGGAUUCUCUCAGAACUACAGUCUAAAUGUUCUGGUAAAUUCAUGUGGUUGCAUGGUAAAUCAGAGAGAACUGACAGAGGAUGGCCUGGAGAAAAACUUUGCAACCAACACACUUGGGACGUAUAUUAUGACAACAGCACUGAUUCCCAUGCUGAAAAAGUCCCAGAAUCCCAGAGUGAUCACGGUGUCAUCUGGUGGGAUGCUGGUUCAGAGGUUGAAUGUUGAAGACCUUCAGUUUGAGAAAGGCCCUUUUGAGGGGACCAUGGUGUAUGCACAGAACAAGAGGCAACAGGUGACCAUGACAGAGCAAUUGGCCGCCCAGCACAAAGAAAUCUACUUCUCGUCCAUGCAUCCAGGCUGGGCAGAUACCCCAGCGGUGCGGACAUCCAUGCCCGACUUUUAUGCUAAGAUGAAGAAUAAACUCCGUACUGAAGUGCAAGGUGCCGACACAGUGGUGUGGCUGGCCAUAUCGGAUGCUGCCAGCAGACAGCCCAGUGGCCUCUUCUUCCAAGACAGAAAAGCUGUUUCAACACACCUGCCCCUGGCCUCCUCCAGGUCCUCACCAUCUGAAGAAGAGAAGCUGAUGAGCACGCUGGAGCAGCUUGCUGUUAAUUUCAAGUGCUAAUCGGUUUAGUUCAAAAUCCCAUGAAGCCUUGAGGAUCAGAAAUAUGUAAUUCCACAGAGAGACUAAAUUAAAUGUGCUCCCUGUAGAAUUGAGUUCUAAAUGUUUUAUAAAAGGUGAUUAGAAGAUUUGAAUAGCUGAAAUGCAACAUGCUAUACAUAACUCCCCAUGAAACGCACAAGAGGAAGUUAUGGUGCCACCAUUCUGUAUUACUAUCAAGUAAAUUACACUAUAUAUGUGAAAGAAAAUGGAUGAAAAGUUAUUAUAGAAAAGAGUUAACCGCUUCUCUUAUACACACAAAUGUGUUUACUAACUGUUAACCUGCUAAUUAUUAAGUAUUAAUGACUAUAUUUUAAUUUUGUCCAUUUGUGACUGAUGAGAUCAUUCUUAAUAAAAGCUAAUAAAUGCUACAUCUAUCUGUCAGAAUCAUUUGGGAGUUUUAAUUGUCACACUAUAUUCAUUUAUGGUCUUCACAGGCACUUUCUAACCAUAGCAUCUAAUAUAAUCCAUACGUUGUGUUUAUGAUGACUACAUUAGCAGGUAGCUAAGGAUAUAGGUGCAAAACCUGUAUAGUGUGUGGUUUACUAUAUUAUAUAAUGUAUUAUGGAGUUGAAGUAAUUUCUGAACUGAAACUGUUCUUUCUCUAUGAAUAGUAUUAAUACAAAAGGGAACGUUCAUUGUGUUUUUGCAUGGAUUCAUAAAAUGAGUGGUAAUAGAGUAAGGGAACAGAGAUAGAACAAAGGUAUGACCUAUCUAUAGACAACAAUUGUUGAGUGGGCAUGAGGCAAAAACAAACUACCUGUGAUAUUUUAUUUGAAAUCUGUGUAAAGAAAACAACAGGAACCUGCUGCAUUAAAGGGAUUCAUUAAAUUACAAUUCUCCCAUCAUUUAUUGUGAUAUGAUAGGUGUGGGUAAGAAACAAAUCAACAUUUAAGUCCUUUUUUACUAUUA